AUGUUGACAACACCUCCAAGCCCGACGGGUAUAUGGUCCACCAUCAUCAUCUUGGUAGUUCUUGAUAUCAUCGCCGUUGUUUUACGAUUCUCGGCGCGAAGGCGACUCAAGCAGAAACUUCAGAUAGACGACUGGCUCUGUGCCGUUAGCCUCGUCCUCGUUUUCGGUUGCGCUUCGAUAUGGUUCUAUGGUCUUUCCACGAAGUCUCUCGGCUAUCCUACGCCUGUCGAUCCGAGUGAACUCCAAGAGCGCUCUUCCCUGACUGCGAGCAAUUGGACCAUCGAAACAGCUCGAAAGUUGGAGUACUCCACUCUCUGCAUCGUCACACCACUGCUCGGAACGAUCAAACUAAGCGUCUUGUUUUUCUACCGAAGACUCUUCGUUAUCGACAACCACUACAAGAACGCGCGCAAUCUCAUCCUGAUCUUCAUGAUUACGGUUAUUGCUCUAUGGGCCACCGCAUCGGGCUUGUUGUUUAUGUUCACAUGUGGUACUCACUGGAGAGCAAUAUACGCCAGUGUCGGCGAUGAGUCUACCGAAGGAAUGUGUCUUAAUGGUCUGGAUAUUGGUUACUCGUUUGCGAUAUCGGAUUUCAUGACUGACGCGAUUAUCAUCUUGAUUCCCAUCCCUUCUGUUUGGAAGCUGCAUCUGUCUUGGGGACGGAAGUUGGCGGUCACUGGAGUCUUCCUCCUCGGUAUCCUGGCCACAUGGGCUUCGCUGGUCCGACUCAUCGUUAUGGUUUGGAUAAGGCAAAUCGGAUACGACCCCUCUUUCGACGAAGAAUUACUCCUCUCGAACGAGGUAUAUUACCUCAACCUCGAAGCCAUGGUCGCACUCCUAGCAUCGUGCCUCCCGACUCUUCGAUCUCUCUUCACCACAGCGUCGGUCGACAGCGUCAUCCGUGGUGUGCGAAGCAUGUUCUCUCUCCGAUCCGGUUCGGGCACCGACUCCGAUAGUCAGUUGUCGAAGCAAAAGACGCCUCCCUACGAUGGCGCAGGGUAUUCGGCGAAAGGCGGCAUUGUUAUCCGUGGAGAGUCGGCUGACUCUAGGAGGUCUUGGGUGUAGAAAAUGAGAAGUUGGUUUUGCAUGUUUGUAACGGUCGGAAGGCGAUUUGAUGAAGCGUUCAGUGCGGAAAUCUUGGUUUAUCUCCUUCCGUGCUCCUGUGUAGAUCUCUCGGGUACAGGUUCCUUGAAACCCCCUGCAUUUCCCUUCUGUUGG